UUGAGUGGAUAACUGUAAAAGAAGUGUCUGGUUUUUCUCUCUCUUAAAGGAUGGAUGGCUUAUUAUUUUGUAUCUUCUCCUUAACCAAUUUCACUUGAAAUCACCAGAUUGAUCUCCGAUGGCUGACAACUAUUUAGAUUCCUAUGAAGGUUCAUACUAUGGAACAGGCCCUUACAUUUAUUCAAGUAAUUCUGAAAUUGUUGUUCCAUUUGAAGAUCCAAUUUGUUAUUCUUACGAGCUUAACCCAGAUCUGAAUCAUGUCAACCAUUACCCACCUCCUUAUGAUAAUCUCAUCUCGACUCAAUCCGAAAUCAGCUACUCUGCUCACAGAUUCAGUGAGCCCAAUCUCAUUCAGUACUAUCCAAUUAGUCAUAGUUAUCUCACGAAUCACCUCUAUUAUUCAGAAACACAAAUUGAAACCGAUCAUCAUAUAGUACCAGCUGCUGAUACUGUUGUAAUGGUCCAGGCUGCUGAUGAUGAUGAUUUUCUGGAAUAUGAUCCCACGCCUUAUGGAGGUGGGUAUGAUCAGAUUCUGACCUAUGGAGAACCCCUUCAAGCCUCUAACAAGAUCUGUCACCCACGUUCGACCAUUACAGAGCCCAUUCAUGACUUCUCUUAUAAUAAUAGUUCCAAUAUUCCUUCACCUUAUGGAGGACAGGACUGUAAGAAUCUCCAAUCUUUGGAGAAACCAAAGAGGGAAGAUACGAAGCCAGACAUCAAGCCAUUAUAUAUUCAUGAUCAAGAGGAAAAACCCAGUGAAAUUGUAGCUGAAAAGCCCUUGAAUUUGGGAAAGGAAAGUGACUACAAUAGACAAUAUGAGUAUGGUGGGCAAGUGGCUCAAUUUCCCCCAUAUGGGUAUGGCUUAGAAGCCAUAGAUCUUUGUGAAGGUCUAUUUGGGUACUGGCCUUGCUUGUCCAAGGAAUUAAGAACCAAGGCUCAAGAGAAGGAGGCAGAGCAAGAAGAAUAUGAUCAGUACUGGAGUUGUGCUCAAGAUUUUAUUUUUGGAAGUUCUACCCCUUACGGAUAUGGUGAGACAAAUUAAGGAAUAAGAGGAAUUAGUCUUGCAAUCACUUUGAAGGUUAUCACAUCACUUUAAGAUGAAGAAGCUCAGUCAGGCUUCUGUUUAUUUUUUCAGAUUUUCUGUUGAAUUAUUGUUCAACUUUUUUUUCUUCUGUAAUAUUGAAAAUGUAGAUAAAGUAAUGCCUUUAAUAAAUGUUAAUCAAAUUGUUUUGGUAA